AUGGUCAGUGCCCACUGUGAUCGACUUGCAGGAGGGACCAGCCGACGUUUCAUGGCGCUUUGCCCUCCACGUGAAAAGUGGGAAGAUCACCGCGCAUUACGUGAAAGAGGAGUGGGCAUGGCGAAAAACCAACAUCUUCCACAAGACUACUCCGUAUGGUCAGCUUCCUUGUUUGAACAGGACAGACCAACGAUUAUCAGUAUUGACCUUCUGACUGCAGCAUCGUGCUCCGACGCAACGGCGCUUGGUUCCCUGGUUCGCCAUGCGCUUGGUCCAGCGGUUCAGGGCUCUUGGAAGGGCGUGUGCCCGAUCCGGCAGGUCGAAGCAGGGAUGCAAGAAGGCGCGCGGUACUUCCGCCGCAGUAGCAUUUUAGCCGAGCUCGGAAGUACCUCUCGGGCAGAGGCGCGCGGGGCGGCCAGAUCGGGGUCUGAGGGUCCAAGCGUGGCCUUGGCAGGAAAGCUUGUCUUGCAGGGGGUUCCACACCUGUCCAGCCAAUGA